AUGUAUAGAGCCACAGCUUCAUCACUCAAGAGGCAUCUCAAGGGCCGCGGUGGCAACUUGGGAGCUACUAGGUUUAAUACUUCAAGUGCGGUAGCUGCUAAGGUUUCCUCUGGUGGUUUGUUUAGCUGGCUUACCGGGGAGCGGUCUAGUUCACUUCCCCCUCUUGAUACGCCGCUUAGUUCUGUUGUUCUUCCUGAUCCUUUACCUGAUUAUGUUGAACCAAGCAAGACCAAGAUUACAACUCUUGCCAAUGGACUCAAAAUCGCGUCAGAGACUUCGUCGAACCCUGCAGCUUCAAUUGGGUUAUAUCUUGAUUGUGGUUCCAUCUAUGAGUCACCGUUGUCAAGUGGGGCUUCACACUUGCUAGAGAGAAUGGCUUUCAAGAGCACAGUUAACCGUAGUCAUUUUCGUAUUAUAAGGGAAGUAGAAGCAAUUGGUGGUAAUAUAGGAGCCUCGGCCACUCGGGAACAAAUGGGCUACACAUUUGAUGCGUUAAAGACUUACGUUCCACAAAUGGUUGAGUUACUGGUUGACUGUGUAAGGAACCCAGCCUUCUUGGAUUGGGAGGUCAAUGAAGAGCUUCGAAAGGUGAAGGCAGAGCUUGGAGAACUCUCAAACAAUCCCCAGGGCUUGCUUUUGGAAGCAAUUCACUCUGCUGGUUAUUCUGGUGCACUGGCUUAUCCUCUUUUGGCUCCUGAAGAAGCACUAAACAGAUUGGAUGGCCCCAGUUUAGAGGAAUUUGUUGCUGAAAAUUACACAGCUCCUAGAAUGGUACUAGCUGCAUCUGGGGUUGAGCAUGAAGAGCUUCUAUCAGUUGCUGAGCCACUUCUUGCUGACCUACCAAGUGUUCCCCGCCCCGAAGAACCAAAGUCUACCUAUGUUGGAGGUGAUUUCCGUCGUCACGGUGAAGAAGGGGCCGCACAUGUAGCUAUUGCUUUUGAAGUGCCCGGUGGCUGGCAACAGGAGAGAGAUGCUAUAGUUUUGACUGUUCUCCAGAUGCUUAUGGGAGGAGGCGGUUCAUUCUCAGCCGGGGGCCCCGGUAAAGGGAUGCACUCAAGGCUAUAUCUUCGUGUGUUGAAUGAAUAUCAACAGAUUCAAUCUUUUUCUGCAUUCAACAGUAUGCUCAACAAUACAGGACUAUUCGGCAUUUACGCAAGCACUGGCCCUGAGUUUGUACAAAAAGCUGUAGACUUAGCAGCCAGAGAACUAAUAGCAAUUGCAUCGCCUGGACAAGUUUCACAGGUACAGCUCGACCGUGCCAAAAAAUCCACAAAAUCUGCAGUUCUUAUGAAUCUGGAAUCUAGAAUGAUUGCGUCAGAAGAUAUUGGAAGGCAGAUUUUGACAUACGGAGAAAGAAAGUCCGUGGAACAGUUCCUGAAGGCUGUAGAUGAAAUCACUCUGAACGAUAUCACUAAAAUAUCGCAAAAGAUUAUUUCUUCACCUUUGACCAUGGCAUCAUAUGGAGAUGUUAUUAACGUGCCAAGUUACGAAACUGUGAACCGCAUGUUCCAUGCGAAAUGA